AUGUCUUUUUCCACUUUGUCAAUCUCUAUCUUGGCCGUGGUGGCCUUGCAACUCCAAUUUGUACACAUUGUUUUGUCCCUAAACCAGACCAAUUCAUAUCUGCAACACAUAUGUAUCAAAAGUGAAGGAACAUACAACCCGGACAGUUCAUACGAGAACCAAAUCAAACGUCACCUAGACUAUUCGUCCACCAAUUAUCUUGACUACGGUUUCAUCCACGGCGUAGGUGGUGAGGGUCCCAAUACCUUCUACAUCAAGGCACAGUGUCGGGGCGACGCCUCUCUAUCCAUGUGCCGCUCUUGCCUCUCUACCGCCUUCUCUGGGAUUCUUAGGAAAUGUCGGAACAACAAAGGGAGAAUCAUAUGGUACGACAACUGUUUUCUGUACCUUUCUUCGAUCUAUACCUACCAGAAGAUCGAUUCCAAGCACUAUUUGUAUUUGCAAAAUGCAAAAGAUGUGAGUGGCAAUACAAAGUUGUUCAACAAGAACAAGAGGGAUCUCCUAUAUAAGCUGAAGGGGACAGCAACUCGUAAAGAACAAAAGCCUUACACAAGAGACUACAUGUAUGCCACGGGAGAGGAAAGUCUCGGGAAGAUGAAAUUGUACGCAAUGAUGCAGUGUACGCAGGACUUAUCGGUUAAAAAUUGCAGUGUGUGUUUGGAUUCGAUAAUAGCGAAGCUUCCUAGUUGCUGCAACGGUAAACAAGGAGGAAGAGUUUUGAAUCCAAGUUGUACUUUUAGGUACGAGCUUUACCCUUUUGUAAAACCUUCACAAUGACGGCCAACACGCCUUAUAAAUCCAAAUGACAAUAAUGCAAUUAUAACCGUAUUGUACACGUU